AUGGCUGGUCCCGGCGGUGGUCCUCCUAGGCGCAGUCACACCAAGUCCCGAAAGGGAUGCGAGACAUGCAAGCGCCGCCACAUUCGUUGUGAUGAAAGCUUUCCCCAGUGCCGCAAUUGCACCAAGCACAAGAUCCGUUGUCCAUACAAUGACAUUCCUGUCGCUGAGGACCGGUCUACUUCUCCUGACAAGCCGGAUCUCAUGUGGACGCCCGAGAUCGAGGCUGUCAUUGAACAGUGGCAGCGCACUGGUCUCUUCCCGUUCCCGAACCUUAACAUUUACCCGACUCCGGCGCCUCAGUAUCUCAGCACAGACGAGUUGCGCCUGAUCCACCACGUUGCCUCGAUCAGCAAUCAGAUGAUGGAAAUUGAUGCCAACGGCUUCACUUUGUGGACUCGGCAGAUCCCGACGUUUUCUAGAAUCAUCAAGAUUGGUGCUACCCAUAACUAUGUCUUGCAUUCGCUGUUGGCUUUCUCUGCCAUGCACAUUGCAUACUUGACCGAUUGUCCAUUGGUCGGAAACAUGGCUUAUGAGCAUCGGGGUAUUGCCUUGAAGGGUCUCCAGGAAGCCAUUGGGACCUUCUCGAAGGACACUUCUGACGCCAUCCUUGCCGCAUCUCUUGUUCUGUCGUGGCAAGCCACAGAUUGGCGAAGCUGGACCCAGCUCAUGCAGGGAACCUCAUCGGUCAUUGAGGCUAUGGACCCCUGGAAGCACGAGUCUCAGUUCGGUGAUUUCAUUGCCGAAAGCAGCACGUUUCCAACCGCUCCCCCGUCUCCUGCCCCUGAUCACAAGCCCAGCCAGCCGCGCAAGGAAGACCUUGACGCCUUUCAGAGGACUCUGCAGCAGCUCCAGAAGGUUGAGUCUCACCUCAAGCACAACAGGGAGGACACCAAGUCCGUUGCCCAGCUCAUCAGCUUCCUGAAGGGUGCUCGCAAGGUUAGCCCUACCUUGUCGGUAGCCCAACAGUUUGAGCGUUUGAGACCCCUGCGCACGUGGCUGUUCUGGCUCCCCGUCAUGUACCUGCAACAGACCCAUGGUUCGCCCAGUGCCUUGGUCAUCAUUGCUCAUUACUACACAGUUGCUCUGGUCAUGGAGCGCCUCUUCCCUGAGAUCGGCGCCGCUUACUUUGGAAGUUUGACAAUUGGCCCGGUUGAGGAGAUUGCGCGUCGCCUGCAUUCCAUGAACAUUUCUGGCCAACUCGAGGGUGAUUUGGCAACCCCUCUUGCAUUGAUGAACUUCCCUAUUGACACAGUCUCCGAAUUCCGGUCUCGCAUGGGGUGGAAUCAACCGAUCCGUACCCCGUCUUUCCCAGUGUUCGAGAACUUCUACGCAAACGAAGGUUCACCAAUGCCCUUGUCCGCGGCGUCGUCGUCCGAGUACCUGCCAUACGGAGAGAGGCCGGCUUUCAGCUACAGUACCGAGGAGUUGUCCGUCAUCCCGGAAUCGCUCCCGAUCGCGGCACCUUUUGGCCAACCACAAUACCUGAGCAUCCCGAGCCCGUCCUAUGCAGCAUACAGUCCCACCACGAGCACCUUCGGUGACUAUAACGACGCGGCUUCCAUCACCUACAGCGAUCCGGACGAAUACCCCUCGUAUGACAUGGGCUUCUCCGCUACUACACCCACGAUGGGCGGUCACAGCCCUUAUGGUGUCGGGUUCGUCCAUCCAAUCCAAUCCGUGUGGACGGUCUAG